AUAUAUAUAAGUGUGUAUAUAUAUUUAUAAAUAUUAUGCUUUUCUGUGAAAAUUAUUAAAAUGUUUAUAAAGUCCGUAGAAUAAUUAAUGCAUUCGUAUAUUCAAAUCUAUAUUAGAAGUAUUUUAUCGAAUUAUUAAUUUUAAUUAAUAUUGGUCAUUAAUAUUGUUAGUGUUAUUUAAUAUUAAUUUUAAUUUAAAGCACACAAAGUAAACAUCCUGUAAAAAACACGACAUGAUUGAAAUUGAAAAGAUUUUAAUUGCUAUUCAAUUUCUAUUUACAUUAAAAUAAAGAGUAAUAUUGACUCUUUUUCUCGAUCAAAGUAUUACUAAUUCUAAGAUUGUAUUGGUUUCGAUAACUCGUUGCUAUCGGAAAUGAAUUCCUCGGUUCUUAAUGUUUGCUGUGACCAUAAAAGAGAAUAAAAAAGUUGUUUGUCUAGAAAUUUUCUGAUUAAGCACAAAUCGGGUUAUCUUAUAGUCAAAUGUGAUAUGAUGGAGUAUUUAUCAGCGUAUAUGUUAAAAGGCAACGCACAUGCCAAAAGCCAAGUGCUAGUCGAUGACGAUGGUAUCUAUCAUUCUUACGUUCGCCGUUUUGUACCACUUCUCCAUCGGGGGGGAGUGUUUUCACCUGUGGCAUCCACAUGCGAUGAAUGUAACGACUCUUGGACGUGUACCAAAUGAAACGACGCUCGCUAGAAAGAUUGUGCCUUUAUUUAAUGAGACUACCCUGACGAAUUUCACAUAUACAUUGUCCGCUCGUGUAGACAACUCGACUGAAUUGUCUAGCAAUUCAUCGCAAGAUGUACGACAGCCCCAACAAGUAGACUGCUUCGGAUUGGGACAGACAGUCGCGGCAACUCUGGAAUGGUUCUUUAGGAGCCAGCCCAACGGGAGUAAUGCUUUGGACAUACGAUUUCUUUUGUCAUCUAGGAAACAACCGCGACGCGUGCAAGUAGUGCUUGGCGAACAGUUUGGCUUAGAAUGGACAGAUUUUAAGAUAGAACGUAGAACGGUGAUCAUAGUGCAUGGUUUCCUGUCUCAUGGUCAGGAAACAUGGAUCAGGGACAUGGAAAAGGCGUUGCUCGAAUGGGAUGAUGUUAAUGUGGUGAUAAUAGAUUGGAGCGCCGGCGGUAAUACGUGGAAUUAUUACAAAGCAGCAGUCAACACCAGAAUAGUCGGAUAUCAAAUAUCAAAAUUUAUAGAACACGUAACAAAUGCUACGAUCAACAACGUAGUGCGUGAUGAGCCGAACGUAAAUAAUUGGGGGCCUCUACAUCUGGUAGGACAUAGUCUCGGCGCUCACAUUUGCGGAUUUGCCGCAAAAGAAUUGAAAAAGAGGCAGAACAGAUGGACUGUGCAAAGGAUCACUGGUCUGGACCCAGCACAGCCAUGUUUCCGCAGGACUGACACGUCUGUUCAUUUACAUAAAAGUGACGCGCCAUUCGUUGAUGUGAUACAUACAAAUGGCAGAUUAUUCACGAGUCUGGGUCUUGGUUUACCCGAAGCCAUAGGUCACGUUGAUUUCUACCCAAAUGGCGGUAAAACGCAACCUGGCUGUAUAAGAAUGGAAUCGUCGUAUUUCAGUUACUUACCGAUUCCUACGGAUGCAAUACAACGAGCGAUGUGUAGCCACGGACGUUCUUACGUCUAUCUCACAGAAUCUUUGACGUCGGCUACCGCGCGCAAUUGCAGUUUUUGGGCACACCAAUGGAAUUUGACAUACAGGCAUCUUUUACAAAUAAUCGCGGAACCAUGUGACAGAAACAUCUGCACGGAGAUGGGCAUUAGAGCAGAAAUGUACAAUCAGCGUGGAAGCUUUUUCGUGGCUACAGCUAAUACCAGUCCAUUUUGCGCCAAUAGCACGGAUGUUAUAGAGGAAGUAAAAAGGCAAUUACAACAGGAUUUCUUGGGUGACACGGAGGAUUGAUAAAUUGCAGUAGAUAACUUAUUUAUAAAUGAAUGUGUUAUAUCAACAUUACGGUAGUAAAUACUUGAAUAAUUUUUUAUGUAUUUGAUUAUUUACAGUUGAUUAUUUGCAUGAUACAAAUAUAUAAUUAUAUGUGUGUAUGUACAUACAUACACAUAUAUAUAUAUAUAUAUAUAAUUUUUUGUUUGCACGCGCGUUUUAUUCUUUCGCAUAAAUUGUUUCGCAAAACAGUGGUUUCUAGAAGACUCUCACUACUUUUACAUUAUUUUCACAAAUCCUUAAUAAAUUACAAAGAAAAAAUUA